CAACAAACUAGCAGCAUUGAAGGAGUAUCGGUGUUGUUUUGUUGCAGCCGACCGUGUAAAAUGAGCAGUCACCAGCUGCUCUCCGCCUCGUGCCUCAGCCAACGGCUCGUGGCGGCCGUGGAGGAGGUCAUGGAGCUCGUGAGAGCCACGGUGAUCCAGUACGACCUGGAGAGCACUCAGGUACGCCGCGAGAAUCAGCUGCUCCGGUGCAAGCUGGGGGAAAUCACCGGCGGAAUUCCUCCGGACACAGCCGGGAACUCUCCGACUGGGGAGGAGUGGGCCGACUGGACGCAUCACCUGGACCAGAACUCCGGAACCGCAGUGGACCCGCAGAACCAGCUGCAGAACCAGCUGCAGAACCAGCAGAACCAGCGGAACCAGUCCCUGAGCUGUGCGUCUGCGCUGGGCUUUAAGAGUGAUGAGCAGACCCCGACACCAGAGCCUGCAGCGCCCCCUACCUGCGUCAGCGUGAAGACCGAGUGGGCCGACGACGCCCCUGAGCCCAACAGCCAAUCACAGCAGAGCAGCGGAGCUGAUGUCAAGACAGAGCUCCUCCUCACGAGAACCAUCAAAAUGGAGUCAGAGGAGAUGGUACUAUUCUCAGAACUUCACCCGGUCGCCAUGGAAGCGACCCCCAUCCCAGCCCCACCUCCAGACACCGUUGCCGUGGAGACGGUGGUGUUUGCGGAGCAUCAUCUGGACUGCUCUACUGCUCGCACAGUUGACCUCCCCUCAGCAGGGGGCGCCAUAACAAACGCCUCCCACCGCCAGACCUCACCAACAGCCCCCCACCCCACGCUCCGACCCCCCCACCCCAUAGAUGUCCGACCCCCCCACCCCACGGGUGCUGCUCAGUUUACCCACAAUCCCUUAGCCAGACCACGCCCUCUCCUCACGGCACAGCGUCAUGGCAACCCUGUGGGUGGGCCGGCGGUGGGCCGGGGCCAGGCCGGCGGAGGGCGGUGCGCGGUGUCGUUUCCAUGCCAACAGUGCGGGAAGCAGUUCGUGCACCGGUCGCGCCUGCGCGUGCACAUGCUCAUCCACACGGGCGAGAAGCCGUACGCCUGCCAGCGCUGCGGCAAGCGCUUCAACAACGACGGAACCCUGAAGAACCACCAGCGCGUCCACACCCAGCUCCGCCUACACAGCUGCCCCCUGUGUUCCAUGCGCUUCAAGGACGCCUACACCUGCCGCAAACACCUGGCCACACACACGCGCCGCGCGCAGACGCAGGGGAGCGCACUCAGCACACACACGCGCGCACACCGCGCACAGACGCAGGGCACAGCGCACAACACACACUCAAUCAGAACACAUGCGCAGGGCGCCAUGCUCAGCACACACAGCACACACACCACACACACGACUAGAACGCACGGACAGGGUGGCAUGCUGAACACACACACUCCCCGAGCGCAGGCGCAGAUGGACACACACUCUCGCCUGGAACAGCUGGUGGCGCACACACAAGCAGCAGCGCUGCGCUCACACACGCACACACACACACACACACACACACACACGCAGAACACGGCUCUAUGGACGGAGCAGAGGACCGGAGCAGGGGGCAGGGGGCAGAGCUGAGGGUCAGAGGUCAGAGGUCAAUCUCACAUCUCAACACACACUCAUGCACUCACACACACACAUGCACUCACACACACUCACACACACUCAUGC